AUGCGCUUCUCCGUCCUCGCAACCCUCGCCAUCGCCUUCGCCGCGAACACCGCCUUCGCCGCUCCCGGAACAAACACACUCGUCCGCCGCGAAUGCGACUGCGCAGGCAAGUCCGCCUGCACGGAGAACUGUGACGCGUUCCCGGGCGGCACCGCACAGGCAGCCUGCCGCGCCGCCUGCGCUGACGUCAAUAACUGCGGCUUGAAUGAGAUCUGCUGCAAAGACGGGUCGGCCUGCACUGGGAAGGGGUGCUGUGCUGCGUGA